AUGAAUAGAAGAUUUCGAUGUGGUCGUUUGAUUUCAACAGGAAAUGGUGUUAUUAAAAAAGUCGAACUUGAAGAUGGUGGUGGUACUCGUUUUUGUAACUGGGAUCCAAUCAAUAUGGAUUUUGAAGAUAUUCAUCAUCGUCUACUUGAUAUUUUUCGUUUAGACGAAAAUAAAUAUAAAACAUCAUUAUAUGAUUUUCAACGUCAACCAUUAGAUAUUAAUCAAUAUCACACAUUUUUGGAAUAUUUUAAUAAAAAUGGUCUUAACUGUAAUAGUACAGUCAUAUAUAUUUGUACUGAUCAAGCUGAUAAUGAUGAUGAUGAUAAUAAUUCAACGAUGAUGUUAACAAAAAAGCGAAAAACAUCUGCUAUUACAACAUCAUCACAAUCAAAUCCAUUAAAUUCAAAACAAAAAAUAUCUAUAGCAUCAGAAACUACAUCUACAAUAACAUCAGUUGAAAUGAAACAUGUUGAUAAAUAUGCAGAAGAAUCUAAUCAAGAACAAACUUCUCGAUCUUCAUCGGUAUAUUCAUUUGAAAAUUCAAAUAAUGAUUUAGUCAAUAAUAUUCAUAUUCUUAUUAGUCAAAAUAGUUUUGAUGAAAUUUUGAUUCAAUUAUUUGAAUAUAUUUGUGUAAUUCAUGGUUAUGUUCGUUCAAUUAUUCAUCCAUUACAACAACAAAUACAAAACUUGAAUGAAUAUUUUAAAUUAAUUGAUCAAUCUGAAAUGAAAUUAUAUUCACAUUGUUUAAAUAAUGUUUCAAAUAUUUGUCAAUCAAUAGAAACAUUAAUUAAAUUAAAUAAGAAAAAAUUUGAUCAUAUUGAACAAUUUCCAAUCAUUGUUAAUUCAUUUUCUCAAUUUUAUGAAAAUUUAAAAAUUCUAUACAAUCAAUGGUUUGAGUAUGUCGAAAAAAACAACAAUAGAUCUAAUACACCUUCAUCUUCAGUCAAUCAUCCCAUUGAAUCAAUAUCAUCAACAUUUUUACAUUCGAAUAUACAAGUCUCAUCUGAAGAUCGUGUCGAGACAAAUGUAGAAAAUUCUGAGAAACGAUUACAAACAUCAUCAUCAUCAGCUCAAGAACCAUCAGAUGGUGAAACUAAUAAAAAAUUCAGUUUAUUUCGACAAUUAUUCGGUCGCUUGAAUACAUUAUUAUUUUCACUUAGUAAGCAAGAUUUACCAUCAUAUACUGAAAUGGUUGAAUUAACAAUCUCCGAACUAAAAUCUUUACGAUUAAAUAUAGAUUUAUUUAAUUAUCAUUCAAUACUUAAUGCUAAAAGUCAGAUUUUAUUAAUAAGAAAUAAAUUUUCCGAAAAAUUUAGUGACUAUUUUUCGAAACAAUCUAAAUAUACAAUUAGUCAACAAAUUACAACAUCAUAUGAUUCUACAAUGAAAGCAAUGCAAUAUUUAUUAACAUCACUUAAUCGUUAUCAAUUACCAGCAGAUAAAAAUAACAAAAACGAAGAAUCAUAUCAGUCGUCAACUUCUUCAUCAAAAAACAGUCGAAAACAAUAUAGACAUAAUAACUCAAUGAAAUUCACUAAAGGAAAAUCAAGAAAGUUUCCUAUUCAUAAGAAUGAUAAAAGAUUAACUGCAUCAUAUUCGUCGACUGAACAUCGGACUUUCUCAAAAAAUGAUCGAAAAUCAUAUAGAUCACAAUAA